CCCGGGGCCCCCCCCCCCCCCCCCCCCCCCAGUUCUGCACCUUGAAAGCCUAGAGUCAGUGACAGAGGCUGAAAGUGUUGUCAGGGUUUUGGACUUAGAUGGCAGCUCAGGGUUUGUCCUCUGUCUGGGACCGCGAUUUCCCAUUGGCUGUCCAAAUGCUGGGGUCUGAGAGAGGAAUGCUUUUCCAGUGUUCACUGCUGCUUGGGCCAGCCAAUGGCCAGACACCUGUCCAAAAGCUACGGAGGAAGCCAGCGUCCUCCCAUUCUGACCCCUCCCGGGGGUGGGGGGGGGAGGAGGGGCUAGGGAGGGGCCUAAGGGCUUUGCUUUGCUUUGGCUGAGGGGGACUUCUGGAAUCCUUAUGACUUAGGGCAGCUGUAGCCUAUCCUGGAAUUUAGAUCCUUGUGAACAGGGGUUCAGUUUUUCCCCCUGAAAUCCUUUCUCCUAAGCCUUGUCUCCUGCUUCCGGUUAACUGCUUCGGUUGCUUUCUUUGGUCCACAUACUGGCUCACUUUGCUCCACCAUCACUUUGGCCCAGGCCCCUGGGGGAAGACUAUUUCGGACUUUACCAGGACUUCUCAUUUAACCGCGUUUCUAGUCCCCUUCCUUCAGCACUAUCACAGUUGUGGUUUUAUGUGUGGUUAUUUGUCUCUUCUAGGUGUCUCAUGAAGGCAAACUUCUUGCAAAUUCACGGUUGCCUCUCCCGUGGUUUAGUUGAAUGUGUGGCCCCCGGCAACGAUUCUUAAUGUGUUUGUGAAGUGAUUCAACCCCGCAACCCCACACAGGCAAGGGGCUCGGUGGCUGAUACACAAGUGUCAGGGCUGUGUUUGCCCAGUCUGGUGUCCCUGUAUGCCUGGGGUUGGUGGUGAAGAAGCAGGGGUUGCAGAAACCCCUGGAUUACUCUGGGAAUUGGGAGCCUCCUCCGCCCUGACCUCUCGUCUUUUCAUAAUUUCUCACAGGUGUCUGAGUCAAGGCAAGUGGACACCACCCUCCAAAUCUGAUGCAGGAUUCCUGGUCUUUAAGCCUGAACUGAUCUCUCGACUGGAGCAAGGACAAGAGCCAUGGGUCCUUGACCUACAGGGAGCAGAGGGGACAGAGGCCCCAUGGAUUUGCAAGACAGAUUCUACUAUUAGAACCAAUCACAAGCAGACCUGUGAGUACAUGAAUAUUCCCGAAAAGCAGAUUCCUGCCUUUGGAGACCAUUUGGAUUCCACGGUCUUGUCGGAGAACUGCUCGAAUAGCCUUGGCCUAGGAGUGAGUGGCUCCCUUUCCCAGCAACAUCAUCUCAGUAAUGAGACUAUGGCUCCCCAGGACACUGUCCAGGAAUGCAAGGAGCUACAGGCCACUGUUCUGGGUUCUCAGCCUGAUGAACAGAGAGACAGUGUGAAAGGGACAUCAGAAAACUGCGAAGAGUGUGGUAGAGUCUUUAAACCAACUCUCAACCUGGAUCCCUAUGUGGAAGUGAGUGGACAGGGAAAAGCAUACAGAUGUCAAGAGUGCCGAAGAAACCUAGCUGACUGCUUAGAGGAGACGCACACAAGUAACUGCCUUGGGAAGAAGCCUUAUGAAUGCAAGGAAUGUGGGAAAGUCUUCAGGCUGUGCUCACAACUCAACCAGCAUCAAAGAAUCCACACCGGAGAGAAACCAUUUAAAUGUGUUGAUUGUGGGAAAGCUUUCCGUUUGAGCUCAAAACUGAUUCAGCAUCAAAGAAUCCACACAGGAGAGAGGCCCUACAGAUGUGAGGAGUGUGGGAAAACCUUUGGUCAGAGCUCAAGCCUUAUCCAUCAUCAGAGAAUCCACACAGGAGAGAGGCCCUAUAGUUGUCAAGAGUGUGGGAAAGCCUUCAGCCAGCAAUCACAGCUGGUCAGACAUCAAAGGACUCACACUGGGGAGAGGCCCUACCCCUGCCAGGAGUGUGGCAAGGCCUUCAGCCAGAGCUCAACUCUAGCCCAGCAUCAGAGGAUGCAUAGUGGGGAGAAAUCUCAAAUGCCAAGAACUUCAGGGAACUCAAGCCUCGUUGCCCCCGAGGGAAAUCACACUGUAGAGAAGCCAUUCAAGUGUGAGGAGUGUGGCAAAGCUUUCAGGUGGGUGUCUCGCCUGAGCCAGCACCGGCUGAUCCACACCGGAGAGAAACCUUACAAGUGCAACAGGUGCACCAAAGCCUUCGGUUGUAGCUCCCGGCUCAUUCGCCACCAGAGAACUCACACAGGGGAAAAACCGUUUAAAUGUGACGACUGCGGGAAGGGCUUUGUCCAGGGCUCCCAUCUUAUUCAGCACCAGCGAAUCCACACCGGGGAGAAGCCUUACGUGUGCGAUGACUGCGGGAAGGCCUUCAGCCAGAGCUCCAGCCUCAUUUAUCACCAGAGGAUCCAUAAGGGAGAGAAGCCGUACGAGUGCACGCAGUGUGGGAAAGCCUUCGGUAUGAGCACGCAGCUCACCAUCCACCAGAGGGUUCACACCGGGGAGAGACCCUAUAAGUGUAACGAGUGUGGAAAAGCCUUCAGUCAAAAUUCAACCCUUUUCCAACACCAGAUAAUCCAUGCUGGAGUGAAGCCCUAUGAGUGCAGUGAGUGUGGAAAGGCCUUCAGCCGGAGCUCAUACCUCAUUGAACACCAGAGGAUCCACACUCGAGCCCAGUGGUACUGUGAAUUUGGAAACGCGGUUGAAAGUAACACUUUUUUGAAUUCUAAAAAAGUGAACACUGUAAAGAAAUUGCACCAGUGUGACGACUGUGACAAGAUUUUCAGGUGGCGCUCACACCUGAUCAUACACCAGAGGAUCCACACAGGAGAGAAGCCUUACACAUGUAACACUUGUGGCAAAGCUUUUAAUCGGAGCUCCAGGCUCACUCAGCACCAAAAGAUCCACAUGGGGUAAAUCGUUAACCUAAGUGUCUCGGUCACUUCUCUAUUGCUGUGAUGACACUACAGGCAAGGUAAAUUUAAAAAGUUUAUUUGGGGCUUACAGUUCCAGGGAGCAUCAUGGCUAUCACGGUGGGGGCAGGGCAGCAGACAGGCAGGAAGGCGUGGUGUUGGAGCAGUAGCUGAGAGCUCACAUCUUGAGACAGUUACUAAGCAGAGAGGACUAAGCAGAGGGAAUGGAGAGGCAUUUGAAACUCAAAGCUCACCCCCAGUGACACACCUCCUUCAAGACCACACCUCCUAAUAAUUCCCAAACAGCUCCACCAACUGAGGGCCCAGUGUUCACACAUACAAGCCUAUGGGGCCGUUCUCAUUCAGACCGCCACACUAUAAAUAUGGAACUGAAUAAACCUGAAGCCUUAUUUUAUUUGAGUAAUUUAUGCUAACAGAAACUUGAGACUGCUGGGGAAGAUUCAGAUUUGUUCUCAAAAAAUAUUCUACUUAUGAAAAUAAUGUUUUGUUUCUGUAAUGUUUGGCAUUCACCCAUUAAAUAAAGUGUGUGUCACA